AUGCAGCUCACCUCCAACAUCGUCGUUCUCGCUUCUGCUCUCGCCUACAGCACCUCGAGCGUCCUUGCUCUCCCCGUCGUUUCGAACUCCAUCGCUGCCCGCGAUGUUGAAUACGACGUUGAGGCCAGGGAGGUUGACACUGAGGUGCAGGAGCUUUCGGCCCGUGAGCUUUACGAUUCGUUCCUGGAGACCCGUGGAUACUACGAGGAAGGCCUGGAGGCUCGUGAACUCGAGGACAUCGAGCUGGCUGCUCGGGAAUUCGUCUACUCAGCGCUCGAAGAGCGUGCUGUCUCUGCGCCCACCACACCGACGACACCUACGACUCCCACCGAGUCGAAGACUGAGACCAAGUCCACCACUGCCACCAAAGACUCGAAGACCACCUCGACAAAGCACAAGCUCACCAAGGCCGAGCACAAGGCUGCCCUCGCUGACCCCGCCCACCCUCACCACUCUCUCGCCAAGGCCAAGGAGGCGAAGAAAGCUGAGCACAAGGCCGCUCUCGCUGACCCAAAGCACCCCAAGCACGCUCUCGCCAAAGCUAAGGCGUCGAAGAAAGCCGCCCACAAAGCUGCUCUCGCUGACCCUAAGCACCCUCACCACGCGAAGGCGAAGGCAAAGGCUGCGAAGAAGGCUGCUCACAAAUCCGCCCUCGCCGACCCCAAGCACCCGAAGCACGCUCUUGCUAAGGCUCGGGCUGCGAAGAAGGCCGCUCACAAGUCUGCUCUAGCCGACCCCAGCCACCCCCACCACGCUAAGGCCAAGGCUCUCGAGGCGAAGAAGGCAGCGCACCGUACCGCGCUCGCUGACCCCAGGCACCCCAAGCACGCCGCCGCGAAGGCGAAGGAGGCGAAAAAGGCCGAGCACAAGGCCGCUCUUGCUGACCCGAACCACCCCAAGCACGCUGCUGCCACCAAGAAGCAGGGGUUCGUGAACGCGCUCAAUGACCCCUCUCACCCCAAGCAUGCAGAGGCUAAGGCCAAGCACGCUGCGUACACGGCGUCGAAGAAGGGAACCUCCUCAGCUACUUCGACAACCUCCUCAGCCACUGAUAAGCCCGCUGCCGGGGCUAAGGCCGCCACCACUGCCGCGGAGAAGACUACUACGAAGCAGACGAAGGCUCGCCGCUCUUACCGCCGCAACUACUUCUAA